UCCCGGCAGCCUUUGAAUUCUAAUCUGUGCGCGAGCGACGGCAACGAAACGCUGACGGUUUAGCAGUUCCCGUUAACGUCGUAUUUCAUUCAACUUCGGUCAGGUUUUUUUUGUGUGUGUAGAAUCUUCACCUUCCAAAUAUAGGACAAUGUCCACGGCUUUGGAGAGUUACAUCAAUCGCACUGUAGCAAUUAUCACGUCUGAUGGCAGGAUGAUCGUGGGAACCCUAAAAGGCUUUGAUCAGACAAUUAAUCUAAUUCUAGAUGAGAGCCAUGAGCGGGUAUUUAGCUCUACCCAAGGAGUUGAACAAGUGGUGUUGGGAUUAUAUAUAGUCAGAGGGGAUAAUGUGGCAGUGAUUGGUGAAAUUGACGAGGAAACGGAUUCUGCAUUGGAUUUGGGAAAUAUUCGUGCUGAGCCUCUCAAUUCUGUAGUACACUGAGAAUCCUCUUCAAUCUGUAAAUAAGGACUCCAGUAGCCAGUAUUUUCAUACUGUAUGUUUUUGUUUUGAUAGUGUUGGUAUUGAUGUGUGCAGCUUCUGAGGACCUAUAUUUUUCUGGAUUGCAAUUUUAAUAGGAUCUUCCAAGUUUUCUGCUUUGAUAAUUAUGAAGAUAUGAGAAUAAACUAUGUAAAAGUCAGUCUUUUUGCAUGUAAUACAUUUCUGUUACAACCAUAAAUCCAUAGAUUAAUUAUUCCAAUUCCUGGACCCUCUCAAUCCAUUCCAGUGUUAGUUGGGGCCAGUUGUUUCUGGUGAAGUAGAUGUGGUGUAGGAUUCAGCACUAUACCAGGAAGUAGGCCCCUGCAGAACUUUUUUUUUUUUUUUUUUCUGAUGGAAAUGGGGAGAAAAAGCACACACUGAGUACAGUGCCUGGGUGGGCUCGAAUUAAAACCCAGGGCUUGUUAAACUGCAAAUGCUACCCACUCUGCCACUCCUGUUCAGAAAUUUUCUAUUGCUCAUUGCAGGUUUUGCAAGAUUUUUAACCAAGUGUACCAUGCCUGUUACUUCUUACCCGAAAUCCUUAUGUUUAGUCCUGCAGGUUUACAGAAGUUCCAACCCAGUUGUUUAAUUAGAAGUUAAUCCAAAAGAUUUGUGAUUUGGAACAGAUCAGGUCUCGGUCUUUCUUCUAUUUCCCUGUUUCUUUCUAAAUAUUUUAUUAAAACAGACAGUUCAUGAACCUACACAGUUGUAAAUAGGGCCAAGUGAAAUUUUGAGCUGCUGAUUUUAUUUUCUCCUGUUUGUUAAUUGGAAACUGGCUAAAAAUAGUGAAUUGAUACUGUUUUAAAAUACAAUUUGAGUGAAAUCCUGACAAAUAAGUUAACUAAAGCAAAACACAAAAUGUUCUUUGAGCAAUAGCUACUUACAGUAGCAAUACUACUCUCUUUUUCUUGGUUUUCAUCCUGCUGUCUUUUGAUUUGAUCCUUAAUCCUAAUUAUUCUUAGACUAACUUGCUUUGUAUGUUGCAAAGUUGCUUUGGAUACAUUCAUCUGCUUAAUAAGUAAUAAUAGUAACGGAUUCCUCAGCAAAAAAUGACUUCUGGUUAUGCAGUUGGGUUGGGAUUGAACAAAAACAUGCAGUCACUGCAGCCCCCCAGUAGUAAACUGUUCCUGAGCCUCAAGGUCCAUGUAGGAAAGGGUCUGAAGUGCUUGCCAGAUGGGAAAAGUUCAAAUAGACUGUGGCACGGGGGAGUGGAAUCCAUGCAGAUGCUGGUGGCUUUCCUGAGUCAACGUGUGCUAUAAAUGUCCUCCAGUGCUGGAAGUUGUAUCCUCUGUGCUCUCGACACAACCUGUGUAGCUGUGAUACCACACACAAAUAUAAAAAGCAGGUUAAAUUAUGUGGUAUUUGGAAUAGUUUGGCCAUUCCUUGCACCAUUGUAUUAUUACAGAAUGAUCACAAUCAAGUGCAUUAAAUUUGUAAAUGAUA